AUGUCGCUCUCUAAACUAACAAAGUUUGCCAGUGACUUCGCGAAUAAUCCACCUGUUGGGAAGAGGUUUGUACGGGGGACAGUAUUGACACUCGCCGUGUAUUAUGCUUACCGAAAGUACUACCCGGCGAUCAGCAAAUCCCCGUCGACGACACCAGCCUCGAGUCGAAGAUCGAGUACAGCAGACGGCAGCUCAGGUGAUGAAGCUCCCAUUGGGACGUUCCGUCGUAAAAGUCAUAAAGUGGACAAGAGGUUCUUUCAACAGCUACGAUUCCUAAUAGGUAUCGUCAUACCGCGCCUGUGGAGCAAAGAGUUUGGUCUGCUUUGCAUGCAUUCGGCAACUCUCGUCGCAAGGACGUUUCUGACCAUCUACGUCGCAGUCCUGGAUGGAAGCAUGACAAAAACUAUAGUGAACCGCGACGUACAGGGAUUCAUUUGGACACUCACUAAAUGGAUCGGUAUUGCAGUCCCUGCUUCUUUCAUCAACAGCAUGAUACGGUUCCUAGAAAACAAAUUGGCCCUUGCAUUUCGCACUCGCCUAGUCGAUUACUCUUACAAACUUUAUUUCCAAGACCAGACCUAUUACCGCGUUAGUAACUUAGACGGGCGACUUUCUAAUGCUGAUCAAAACCUAACCGAAGAUAUAACAAUGUUUUGCCAGUCAAUAUCACAUUUGUAUUCGCAUUUAACAAAACCGAUAUUGGACAUUGUUCUAAUGUCGCAUACACUGACCACUCUCGCCACUGAGGGGGGAGCCAGUACAACAAUUCCAAGCAUCAUUGGCGGUAUUGCAAUCUAUAUAACAGCGUGGGUUCUUAAAAAAGUAUCGCCAAACUUCGGGAAGUUGGUAUCAGAAGAAGCCCAGAGGAAGGGUUACUUGAGAUUCAUACAUUCUCGUUUGAUUCAGAAUGCUGAAGAGAUUGCCUUCUAUGGAGGUCAUAAGGUUGAACUGAACAUGCUGCAGCAAAGUUACAGGUCGUUGACUGAUCAGAUGGAUUUGAUAUUCCGUAAGAGACUCUGGUAUAUAAUGUUGGAACAGUUUCUAAUGAAGUACUUAUGGAGCGCCAGCGGAAUGAUGAUGGUAGCUAUACCGAUGGUCACGGCAACGGGCAGAGAACGAGGUGAGAUAACUGUUAUGCGUAAACAGGCAUACCAGCAUCUGUCUGAAGAGCUGCAAGUAAGUGAAAGAACUGAAGCUUUUACUACUGCAAGAAAUCUGUUGAUUUCCAGUGCAGACGCCAUUGAAAGGAUAAUGUCAUCCUAUAAAGAGAUUAUGGAGCUGGUUGGUUAUACAUCAAGAGUAUCUGAAAUGAUCAAAGUGUUUGAAGAUGUUAAAAAAGGCAAAUAUACCAAGAGCAUGGUGACGGCGGGUGAUGUCUCUAAACCUAAACUUGCUCUCAAAAAUAAAGAACGAAUUGAGGGGCCGUUAGAAGUGAGAGGUGAAGUGAUUGAAGUGGAUACAGCCACUAUAUCCUUAGAUGACGUCCCUAUUGUCACUCCAAAUGGAGAUGUUAUUGUAUCAAGUCUUUCUCUUGAGGUCAUCGAGGGUAUGCAUUUGCUGAUAAGUGGACCCAAUGGAUGUGGUAAAAGUUCACUGUUCCGGAUAUUCAGUUCACUGUGGCCCGUGUAUAAUGGACGUCUGAUCAAACCAGCACUCAAAUAUAUGUUUUACAUACCUCAAAGACCUUACAUGUCAAUAGGUACGUUAAGGGAUCAGGUCAUCUAUCCUGAUAUGCCGGAGGAUAUGUACCGGAAAGGAUUCACAGAUGAACACUUAGAACAGAUUCUUCAAACUGUCUAUCUACAGCAUAUUGUGGUCAGAGAAGGAGGUUGGGAUUCAGUCAUGGAUUGGAAAGAUGUGCUUUCAGGAGGUGAGAAGCAGAGAAUGGGAAUGGCCAGGAUAUUCUAUCAUAAGCCGAAGUUUGCUCUUUUAGACGAAUGUACAAGUGCUGUCAGUAUUGACGUUGAGGGCAGUAUAUUCCAAGCAGUCAAAGAUGCCGGCAUUGCAUUACUAACAAUCACACAUAGACCGUCUUUGUGGAAACACCAUACUCAUUUACUACAGUUUGACGGCGAAGGAGGGUGGCGUCUGGAGGAAUUGGACACCAAGACUAGAUUAUCACUGAAUGACGAAAAGCAGAAAUUAGAGUCUCAACUAGCGGGCAUACCCAAGAUGCAGCAGCGACUCAACGAAUUAUGUAAAAUACUCGGCGAUGACUCAGUGUUAAAAUCAACCAGUACAUCUAAUAGUUUGCAGUGGGAUGGUAACAUAGCUUGA